AUGAUCCGAAGGGCCGCGGCCAGCAAGAUUGGCACGUGGACACUCACAGAUGCACCCGCAGACCAACCCGUUAUGAAAGGUUUUGCUGAAGUCAUUGAGCCUGAGUUCCUGCGCUCUGAGCUGGUGCCUAUAUUCGUCACCUUAGCCCACGACGAGCAGGACAGCGUGCGUGUGUUGGCAGCGGAGAGUGCUGUGACGGUGGUCAAGCAGAUGACCCAGGCCGAGAAUGAGAGCCUUAUGAUGCAGACGCUGCAGCAGUUCUGGCGCGACAAGAGCUGGCGGGUGCGGUACAUAGCCGCCGACAAGUUCGUGGAGUUGCAGGCG